GUCAAACACAAUGUCCCUCGUAUGAAAGAGUCACCUCCGCUUGUCUAGCUUCAUUCGCUUACCCUUACCUAGCACGCCAACAAGUUCCAUCGCGUCAACCCGCCCGUAACUCAGUCGUAAGCUGUGUAUAGGUAUUGCCACUCCGUCAAGAGUUUUAUAACCCGAGGAACUACAGCGCUUUCCAUAGAAUUGGUGAAUCCUCGACCCAACGACCCAUCCGCGCAACUAUCCACUCCUCUCAUCCUUACUGUUUGGGGUAUUCGCUGUCGACAACAGUCGGUCAACUCCUUAACGGCUUACCUGUUAAAGUUAACCAACGCAUCGACCGGCUUUAGUCCAGCGCAACGUCAGAUUGUGUGACAUCCUAGCCGCCGGCUUACAAGAGCGACGCAAACAAGACCCAUAUAGAGCACCGUGAUGGCAUCCACGGCACCAACCAACGGCCCAACAGACGUCCCGGCGAAUGCCAAUCAACACUGCCCGGGCGCCUCCAGCGAGCAGGCGGGCAAGGCGGCCGCAUGCGCCGGCUGCCCCAACCAGAGCGCCUGCGCCACCGCACCCAAGGGACCCGACCCAGACCUGGCCGCCAUCUCCUCCCGCAUGUCCCGCGUGCGCCAUGUGCUGCUGGUGCUGAGCGGCAAGGGCGGGGUGGGCAAGAGCACGGUGGCGGCGCAGCUGGCGUUCGCACUGGCGCGCAGGGGGCACGAGGUGGGCCUGCUUGAUAUCGACAUCUGCGGUCCCUCCGUGCCCAAGAUGCUGGGGCUGGAGGGGCAGGAGGUGCACUCCUCCAACCUGGGCUGGUCGCCCGUCUACGUGGAGGACAACCUGGCUGUCAUGAGCAUCG